AUGGCAACCGUUACUUCCGCAGCUGUUUCCAUCCCAUCAUUCACUGGUCUGAAAUCCGCAGGUGCAUCAUCCUCCAGCUCAAGAGUGAGCAGCAUCAAAGUCUCCUCUGCUGCAUCCCCCAAGCUUGUGGUGAAGGCUUCAAUGAAGGAAAUCGGAGCAGCCGUUGUCGCCACCGCUGCAAGUGCAAUUCUUGCUAGCAAUGCAAUGGCCAUUGAAGUCUUGCUUGGUAGUGACGAUGGAGGAUUGGCUUUUGUCCCGAAUAAAUUCUCGGUGGCUGCUGGUGAGAAGAUUGUUUUCAAGAACAAUGCCGGGUUCCCCCACAAUGUAGUUUUCGACGAGGAUGAAAUCCCUGCGGGUGUCGACGCCUCCAAGAUUUCCAUGUCCGAGGAAGACUUACUUAAUGGACCUGGUGAGGAGUACUCUGUCUCAUUGAGCGAGAAAGGUACAUACAAGUUCUACUGUUCUCCUCACCAGGGUGCUGGCAUGGUUGGUGAAGUCACCGUCAGCUAA